ACCCCCCAGCACUGACAGUAACGCGAUAUGUUCCCUCACAGUCCUUAAUGUCGCCUUUUAUUUUUGGAUCUUGACAUUCAGAGUUGCCCUUUCGCCGUGUUGAUGAACGCAGCAGAGCUGUGCAUUUCUGUAACAUGGACUGACCAUCGAAGGACUAACGUUAGCAGGACAACAGUACUGGAUUUAUAUAGAUUAUUUUAACAGGUAUGGUGAACGCAGACGAUUUUAUGUAACAUUAAUCCGCUCGUGUGUAAAGUGAUCUCGGCCACAUUACUGCCGCUAUAUCCCUGAUGAUGCGGAACAACAGACCUGCAGCUUUAUUAAACAUCACAUAUCAUCACAUACUUUAAAUAUAUGGACAUGUGUGCGUAUGUAAGCAUAGAUCCGUGAAACGGAUUCUCAUCAUCUGUCUGACCCUUAACACGGGGAACGUUAUGGCGUGACAUUUAAACGCGUUUGCAUUUAUGAAUUAAACCACGAAACAACAAGUUGCAUUUUAUUAACAUGAUGUACUUUCUUACAAAUUACAAUGUUUAUUUUCAAAACAAUAUUUUUUUAAUGAUAAUAAUUGUACAGCUUUUUGUGUGCCAGAUGCUCGAAACAGUCGGAUAGUAUCAUACUACGUAACGUAAGUAGGCCUAUAUCAUUGCGCAUUUGCAUUUAUUUAUUAAGUACAAACAGUGUUUUUUUUAAAGAUUUAUAUUUAUUUAUUAUUUUCUGUCGUGUGGUUAUUAUCAGAUGUUUGUUUAAUUAUCUUCAAAACAUUUAGCCCAUAGAAUAUAUGAAUGUACACUGCAAAAAGUGUUUUUUUCUUGUUUUUCAGCAAAAAUAUCUAAAUUUUAACAUUUUCUUGAUGAGGAAAAUUACCUAUUUUUUACUCAAAAAAAAAAACAAGCAAAAAUAAUCUGCCAAUGGGGUAAGAAAAAUAAUCUUGAAUUGAGUGACUAAGAAAAGCUAAACCUUAAUUCAAGAUCAUUUUUCUUACCCCAUUGGCAGAUUAUUUGCUUGUUUUUAAGCACAAAUUCACUGAAAUUUCAUAUUUCUUUACUAAAAUCAAGAUUUAUUUUGUUUAGUCAGUUUGCUCAUCAAGAAAAUGCUUCUUGAUUCUAGUAUGUUUAGACAUUUUUACUUGAAAACAAGAAAAAAAGACAACGUAAGAAAGUCAUUUUUUGCAGCGUAAACAUUAAGUCUGAACCUGAGUGAGUCGCUGAUGUAAGUUUAUGGGUUAUUAGACUAUUUACUGGUUUUAAACAAUAUUCUUAUAAUACAGACGAAUCCAUAAUUAUGGCCAAAGAAGACGAAAUACCAGAAUGGGUCGGAGCUCAGGACUUCUAUGAGAAAUAUGACCCAAAGGAGAUCCUCGGAAGAUCCUCCUUCCUGUGCGUGUGUCUUGUUUAUUACAAAUUUUGUCCGAUUUUGUCUGUGGCUGGUCAAAUUGUGUUAUUGAUACACUCUCUUGUGUAACUUGCAAAACGAAACUGCUUUAACCAAUUUCACCUUCUCAAGAACAUAAUGGGGGUAAGCAGUGUGGUUCGUCGUUGUAUCCAUAAGCCCACCACCCAGGAAUACGCUGUCAAGGUCAUAGACAUCACUCCCUCAGAUAAGAUGAGCCCUGAAGAGAUCGAGGAGAUACGAAAUGCAACGAUUAAGGAAAUAGAAAUCCUCAAGAAAGUCUAUGGGCAGGAAAACAUCAUUCAGCUGAAAGAUUGCUAUGAAACUAAAGCUUUCUUCUUCUUGGUGUUUGAUUUGAUGAGGAAAGGAGAGCUUUUUGAUUACCUAACCGAGAAGGUUACACUCAGUGAAAAAGAGACGAGGAAGAUUGUGCGGUCCUUGUUGGAGGUGGUUGAGCACCUUCACUCUCAAAACAUUGUCCACAGGGAUCUAAAGCCGGAGAACAUUCUUUUGGAUGACAAUAUGAACAUUAAACUCACCGAUUUUGGCUUUGCUGUGCAGAUUGCCCCUGGACAAAAACUUAAUGAGGUAUGUGGAACACCAGGUUAUCUAGCUCCAGAGAUUAUCGAAUGCUCUAUGGAUCCUCACCACCAAGGUUAUGGAACCGCGGUAGAUCUUUGGAGUGCUGGGGUGAUCAUGUACACCCUUCUUGCGGGUUCACCUCCCUUUUGGCACAGAAAGCAGAUGCUCAUGCUACGUAUGAUCCUGGCCGGUAACUUUCAGCUCACCUCUCCGGAGUGGGACGACCGUUCAGACACUGUCAAAGACUUGAUUUCCAGGAUGCUGGUGGUAAAUCCUGAGUUGCGGUACACGGCAACAGAUGCCUUAAACCACCCUUUCUUCCAACAGUAUGUGGUCGCAGAGGUGCGGCACUUUAGCCCAUACAGGAAGUUCAAGGUCAUCUGCAUUACAGUUCUGGCUACCAUGCGCAUUUAUUGCAAUUAUCGACGUGCCAAACCAGUUACCAAGGAAGUGAUCAAGAGUGACCCCUAUGCACUUAAACCUAUUCGCAAGCUCAUCGAUGCCUGUGCUUUCAAGAUCUAUGGCCACUGGGUCAAGAAGGGCCAGACACAGAACAGAGCUGCUCUCUUUGAGAAUAGCCCAAAAGCUAUCUUGCUUUCUCUAGCGGCAGAAACUGAAGAUUCGUCUCUCCGAACGAUGUAAUGAUUGUAAAACACAUCACUGCAACUAAGACACCUAUACACGGUUUCAUUGAACGCACGCAUCUGGCCCGAAUUUACUUCUGGUCUGUGUUUCGUAGCUAGGAAUAUAUUUUAUAUUUAAUGUAUACUUAUUUUAAUAUUUCAUUGUAUAUUAAUUGUAUUAAUUAAACUACUGUUGUUGCCACUGAAACCAUCUGUAUUGGAUAGCAUGUUCAUGUAAAAAACACACUUUAAAUGUGUGGUGGUAUGACAAACAGCCAAUAUCUCUGCUUUUGAACAUGAAUUAGCACAAACGUCAACGCACUUUUUGAUUUGCUUGCAAAGCAAAUAUUAUUUUGCUCUAAAGAGUUGCAUUAUUGGCUACGAUGUUUAAAUGUAGUUACUUUGUAUUUUAAAAUGGAAAUGUUUUAUGUGCUACACCUGGAUACUUGAAGUUCCUCCUCUAUCAUAAUAAAAGUCAUCUUUUGAUUA